CUGGCGCGCAGCCUGAGAUCGCCGGACCGCAGGCCGUCCCACCACGGGCUCUGUCCCGGCCCCAGCCCCCCGCCAGCAUGGCCGGCCGGACCGUGCGGGCCGAGACCCGGAGCCGGGCCAAAGAUGACAUCAAGAAGGUGAUGGCGACCAUCGAGAAGGUCCGGAGAUGGGAGAAGCGCUGGGUGACUGUGGGUGAUACUUCCCUUCGAAUCUUCAAGUGGGUGCCUGUGGUGGAUCCCCAGGAGGAGGAGAGGCGGCGGGCAGGAGGCGGGGCAGAGAGAUCCCGAGGCCGGGAGAGACGCGGCAGGGGCACCAGUCCCAGAGGGGGUGGCCCCCUCAUCCUGCUGGAUCUCAAUGCAGAUGAGAGCAGCAACCAGAGUUUCCAUUCAGAAGGUUCACUGCAAAAGGGCACUGAGCCCAGCCCUGGGGGGACUCCCCAGCCCAGCCGCCCUGGAUCGCCUACUGGACCCCCAGAAGCGAUUACGGAGGAUACUCAGCCCCCACAGCUGGGCCAAGAGAGAGACCCAGGGGGCACACCCGCAGGCAGUACUGAGGACCCCCCGAAGCUGACCAAGGAGGAACCUGUUCCAGAAUUGCUGGAAGCUGAGGAUUCUGGAGUGAGAAUGACAAGGAGAGCCCUCCAAGAGAAAGGCUUGAAAACAGAGCCCCUCAGGAGGCUUCUUCCCAGGAGAGGCCUCCGGACAAAUGCUCGCUCUACUUCCUCGGUGCCAGACACCAGAGCUCCAGGAGGUGGGAGCAAGGCCCAGAGGGCACCCAGGACGAUACCACAGGGGAAGGGGAGGUGAGCGGGCCCAUCCCAGAAGGUGAGGCCCUUAGGUCUUCUUUAGCUGCCCCAAGAUCCCGUCACCUGCUCGCACCACAUAAGGGUGGAGAGAGCUCCGGAGCUGGACGCCUGCUGCGUGUACUUGGAGGUAGGCAGCCAGCUCUCCCCUUGUCCUUCACCCUAAAUCAUGGAUCCAUCUUGCUUGUUGUGGGUCCAAAACUGUGGUGCUUAGGGGCAGGUCACGAACAAGGAGCGUCUGAGGACGCUGCUGGGUGAUGCCUAGAAGCAACUUGAAUAUACAAAAGAACGGAAUGUGGGCCAACUUGGCCACCUCUUCGUGCACCAGGGCAGCUACCCACCAAAGGCCAGGCAUGGCCCCCAGGGAGGCACCUUCGACCCUCGGAACCACAGGAUCUACCCUGGUGAGCAGCGAGCAGUGUCUGAAGCUUUGGCCAACAGGUGCCAGGUGCUCCCUUGCGGAGUCUGUGAUGGGUGUCAUAAUUCAUGCUUGUGUAGGGGUAUGCCCGUGUGGGGAGAUACCACUGCAGCAAACACCUGGGAGCUCCCCUCCCUCCACAGGCCUCUGGACCCUAGGCCUGCCAAUUAACCUUUGGCUGGAGAAGACACGUGCCAACUUUGCCUGUCAAGCGAGGAGCACACAUGGUCUAAUGACCUUUCCGAUCAGGCUCCGCCUCCUGCUGUAGGACCCAAGUCCAGGAAUGGAUGGAGACUUGUGGUCCAGCCCCGAGCCUGCCAAACCUACCUGGAAACUACCUGUUUUGAGGAACCCGUGGCAAAUGAGCCAUUUGAGGGUUCCAAGGGCUUUCAUCAACCUCUUGCCUCCUGACUUAACAGUGUGUUGGGCCUGCCAUGCCAGGAAAUCUCUCCCACUUUUGAGGGCUUACUAACUACAUACUGCAAUUUGUGGGGAUUAUUUAAUACACUAUUCCUGUGUCAUAGAUCCUGUUACUUUUACAUUUUACAGAUAUGGAAACUAAAUAGCCAAGAGGUUGAAGAUGUUACCCUAAGUCACGCAGCCUGCCUGUGGCAGAACCAGCUGCCUGCCUGCCCCCACAGUUCCUGCUGGUAUAACCCUUCCUGUGCUGGGCGUCUGCUGGGGCUGAAGCUGUGACUUGUUAAAGCAUUCAUUUAAGGAACAUCCAUUUUUCUCAGUGGAAAACUAUAUAGGACUUUAACAUUUUUUAAUGUUUUUUAUUUAUUUAUUUUUUGUCUCACUAUGCAGCCUUUGCUGGCCUGGAACUCACUUGCCCAGGCUGGCCUCAAACUCACAGAGAUCCGCCUGCCUCUGCCUCCCGAGUGCUGGGAUUCAAGGUGUGCGUCACCACCACCCGGCUCAGGACAUUUUUUUUAUAUAUAUAUAUAAUAAAAUGAGCAGAUGCUCUGUGGGAGGAAAGCGAACUUUGUGUCCAUAACGGAGAUGACGUAGAAGUUCUGAUGUAAGGCUAGUGAUUCCAGCUCAGCCCCUGGAUCCCUGAGUGACCUCUCUAGAAUGCUACCCAUGCAGGAAGGGUAUUCCAGGCCCACGUUCUAUCCUGUUGAGUGACUGAGAGCGCCAAGUGGCAAAGGUUAUUAAUUAAGACUUCUGAAUUUCCAGUGGGGCAGAAGUUUUCAAAUUUCCAACAGAUACUAAUUUUUAGGAUUUGAAAAUGAAAAAUAGGAGUUCUAGGGAGAUCUAGAAAAUCAUACUUUGUAUUUUUCAUAACUCCCUGUACUUUAAAAACUAAGGAACUCAUUUAGUAGUAGUUUAAAAGAGCUUGUGGGCGGUAGUGGUACUCGACUUUAAUCCCGGCACUUGGGAGGCAGAGGCAGGAAGAGCUCUGUGAAUUCCAGGACAGCCAAGGCUACACAUAGAAACCCUGUCUCAAAAAAACAAAAACAGAAAGAGCUCUAAGCCUUAAAUACUCAAAAGGUAGAAACCGCCAGUGUGUGUCACUGGGUAGUAUUUGAAUAACAAAAUGUUUACAGAUCCAGUUAGAUUUAUAGUACUCCACAAUCAUGAGUUGAAAUUGCUGAUAUAAAAACUAGGUUACAAACAUAUAAUUUCUCCGAACAUCCUAGGAUUUCUAUAAAAUAUGCUAUGCAUGAGGCACAUUCUUGUUUAUCUGAUUUGUGAGAAUCACUCAACAGGAGAAGAGGUACCAAGCAUUUUAGUGUCAGGGGCCACGGGAUGGGGGGUGGGGGCUCGAGUGGACUGGACUGUGAUACUCCUUUCCAGUUACUGGGUCCCAAAUCCCAAGGGUAGCUACCUUGACUUCCUGUGUUAGUUUUCCCGUUCCUGCUCUGUGAGCUGACACAGUGGUUCCUUCAAGCCAGGACUCUAUGUUCUUGAUCCUCAGUUAUUAGAGGACCGUUAGUUACCGUAUGUUCCCUCUUUCCCCAGUUUAUUUCCUGAUUGGUUUUGAGAUGAAAACAAAACAAAAACCAAAACCCCUCAGGUUUCCCAGUGAGUGUCAUCAAGGAUUUUGAAUAGAAACACCCCUGUGGGCUGAGCAGGAAUGAUGUGUGUGAGUGCUUAUGAAGCCCAGGCAUCGAAAGCGCAUGGCAUCGGAACGCUCCAGCUCUGCCCGUGCCUGGCUGUGAGGCCUUGGCUGAACCUCUUACCUCUCUGAGCUUCAAUUUAGUGGGUAGAAUCAUCUAGGAAGCAAUAUUGUUGCUUCAUAAGGUAAUAUUGUAGAAAGGUUCCCAGCACAGCUUUGGAGUCAGGCAGGCUGCGGUUCAGAUCCUGGCUUCAUGACUUCCUACCUCUUUGAUUUGGGGCAAGUUCUAACCACUGGAUUUUUCUCUUCUGUAAAGUAGGGACCCGGGAUCUAUUUCACAGGGCUUUGGUAAGUUUAAGUGAGAUCACAUGUGAACUGCUUAACUCAGAGCAGGGUACACUGUACAUGCUUGAUCUAUGGGGGCCAGUAUCGUCGUUACCCACUGUAUCUACCUCACAGGGCCAGUUGUGAGGGUGACGGGUGGAGGAGAAGACUGCGGGUACUUCCUAAGCUGUGAAGUGCCAUUAACUUGCCGGUCUUUCCUCUGGAGAUGGGAGGUAGGAAGUUACCAUCAGACACUAAUAGAACGCCCAGGAAGAGGCCUGGUGUGCUUCUGGCCAUACAGAGUGGCUGGGCUGAAGGGAGGUGCCACUGUGGGUAAGUGGAGAACAGGGCGCAGCAUUGCCCUCACGUGAGGGUUACUGCAGUCAGGUGGGGAGACUCAGUGCGUGUGACUUUUACCCUUGGGAAUAGGGAGAAAACAGGUCAGUUUUAAGAAGGAUGCUAGCGGAGGAACUAAAGAAGUAGUGUUUGCCAGGCGUGAGCAAGGGCCAUGGGUUUCAUAUCUAGCACCUCAGGAAAAAACAAACCAAAUGCCCUCUUCUUGGUUAAAGGUUUUGGGUAAAGACAGUGCUAAAUGGAUGUACCCACAGUGUUUUUAAGUAGGACUGAAUUGCAGGAAGGACCAGGGGAGAAAGUGCUGAGCGGUGGCCGGAGUGCACAUUAGGAACUGUUUCCACGGGCUGGAAGCUGUGCGCCCUCCCUACCAUGAGUGUUCAUGUCACUGGGCAGAGUCCUGCCCUCCCUCCCAGGACAUGAUCCUGGCCAUCGCCCCACAAAGUAAACCCUCAGAGCAGAGCUGGGAGUCCGGGAAACUUAGGUCCGAUGCCCAGGCUCGCACAGGUUCUGUCAGCACGGGAUCCAAGCCUCUCUCCCAAGCUCCUCCACCCCGCCCGCAGCAGCAGACUGCUGGUCCUGAACAAGGAUGGAGUGGGAAGAGUUAGAUCCCUCCCCUCCGUCCCUCCCCUCCUGGCUUCAGCAGCAACUCUUGCUCCUGAUCUCACUCCUCCAUCUCCAGACUCGGCUUCCCUAUUCACUCCUUAAGUCGGGGUCUUCUGGGCCCCAUCCUUAGACUUCCCCUAUCCAGGGAAGGAGCUCUCAUUCUAAGCAGACUGCCUCUCCGAGCCGAGCUCCUUGCCUGCUUGGUUUCUAGGUUCCCAGCUCGUUCAGCAGCAUUCCCUCGACACUCUGGUGAGUUCCCAUUCCUGACCACGGCCCUUCAGUUCCAAACUGAUGUGGCCAGUGGGCAGUCUAGGGCUCCUUUAGAGUCAGUGCCUCUUGGGUAAACUCUUGGGACUAAAGGUUAACUGCAGGGUGUUUUCUGAGAGUUGCCAACCGGUAGGAGAUGAACUUAGAGAGUGGGAUUCACCUUCUCCCCAGCCAGCUGGUUACUCAGGGCCCAGUGCUCGCCAGAUUCAGUAACCAGUGCAGGUGACACAUUCAUGAGCAGAACAGACCCAAGCCCUGGCUUCAGGCAGCCUCCGGACAACUAGGGAAGAUAGACUGGUAUUCAGUCCUCCCUGAAUACCAACUCUUAGCCUGGCGUGGUGGCACACACCUGUAAUGCCAGCCCUUGGGAGGGGGAGUAGGAGGAUCAGGAGUUCAAGGUUAUCUUUGGCUACUUAUCAAGUUAGAGGCCAACCUGGGCUACAUAAGACCCUGUCUCAAAAACAAACAAAAUACCCACUAUAAACUGUGACAAAUAUUGUGAAGAAAAAGUUGAGAGUUCUGUGAAAGAACAUCGUAAAUACGUUAAGACAAUGACGAUAUGGACCCACAGCAGGGAGAAGAGAAUUCUAUGGAAAGGCAAUAAUAGACCCUCAAAGGGGAGAAAGCGCUUACUGUGCUGGGGAGCGGCAAUGCAGUCCGUGUGGCCGGACCGAGCCUGCCGGCUGCUGGGUGGGGAUGGUGUCAUAGACCUUGCAGACCAUUUUGGUGUUUAGCUUUUGAUUUGAAAGCAGUUUUGAAGUUACAGAAAAGUUAUGAGGAUGAUACAAAAAGAUGUCUGCGUACUUUGACUGCAAACUCCCCGUUGUAAACGUUCCGUUCCGCCUGAUUUAUCGCCGGCCUCCACCUGUAAUGUGUCCUCACAUCUUGUAGUCUGGACUCUGAGAAGAAGUCGCGUACAUCAUGUCUGUUUACUCUGAAAAUACAGCGGCCGUGUCCUACAGCAGUGCCGUCCUCGCUUCAAUGAACGUCGUCGUCGUCGUCGUCGUCGUCGUCGUCUCUCUGAGCGGACGCGGCGGCUCAAGGUCUCCCUGUCUGUCACUGGUCAUGUCUAAUCACCUUCAGCAGCAUCUUCCCCUAGGACAGAAUCAAGUCUACGAAUGAUGUGGAGCUCCAGUGGUGGUUUCUUGCUUGUAUCUUUUAUUGUGGCAUAGACUUUCUUUCCUCUUUGUUUGAAUAGACAGUUUCUCCUUUUGGUC